AUGCCGAUAGUCACAUCACAGAGAAUCCCCUCCAUCAUCAGCUCUGAUGACAUCCCCCCAGGAAUCCCCUCCAUCAUCAGCUCUGAUGACAUCCCCCCAGGAAUCCCCUCCAUCAUCAGCUCUGAUGACGUCCCCCCAGGAAUCCCCUCCAUCAUCAGCUCUGAUGACGUCCCCCCAGGAAUCCCCUCCAUCAUCGGCUCUGAUGACGUCCCCCCAGGAAUCCCCUCCAUCAUCGGCUCUGAUGACGUCCCCCCAGGAAUCCCCUCCAUCAUCAGCUCUGAUGACGUGAAGAACGAAGCUCCUGCCGAGGUGCAGAUCACCGCCGAGCAGCUGCUGAGAGAAGCCAAGGAGAGGGAGCUGGAACUUCUGCCGCCCAAGCAGGAGAUUACCGUCAAGGAGGAGCUCAACGACUCCAAGCUGAGGAAGAAGAAGGCCUUUGAGGACCAACAUCAGGAAGAAUCCAACCGUCAUCAGAUGUCGUCUUUGCUUUUUGCAGAUGACGUUGUCCUGUUGGCUUCAUCGGACCGGGACCUUCAGCAUGUGCUGGGGCGGUUUGAGGCCGAGUGCGACGCAUCAGGGAUGAGAAUCGGCACCUCCAAGACCGAGGCCAUGGUUCUCCAUCGGGAAAGGGUGGCGUGGAGAAGUCCUGCCAUCAGGUGGAGGAGUUCAAGUAUCUCGGGGUCGGUGUUCCGGACCGUCGUGGUGAAGAAGGAGCUGAGUCGAAAGAAUCAUAAAGGAAGACCCAAAAGAUACUGCUGUCGUCAUUGCAAGCAAGUCUUCACCACUUCAUCAAACCUGAAGAUCCAUAAGAGCACUCACACUGGUGAUAAACCAUACAGAUGUGAUCAGUGUGGAGCGGCUUUUGCCCGGCAAGGUCAUUUGACGAGUCACCAACUUAUUCACUCUGGAGACAAGCCUUACAGAUGUGAUCAGUGUGGAGCGGCUUUUGCCCGGCAAGGUGAUUUGACGAGUCACCAACGUAUUCACACUGGAGACAAGCCCUACAGGUGUGAUCAGUGUGGUGCGGCUUUUACCCAGCGAGGUCAUUUGACGAGUCACCAACGUAUUCACACUGGAGACAAGCCUUACAGAUGUGAUCAGUGUGGAGCGGCUUUUGCCCAGCAAGCUCAUUUGACGAGUCACCAACGUAUUCACACUGGGGAAAAGCCUUACAGGUGUGAUCAGUGUGGAGUUGCUUUUGUCCAGCAAAGUGAUCUAAAGCGACAUCAACGUAUUCAUACUGGAGACAAGCCUUACAGGUGUGAUCAGUGUGGAGCGGCUUUUACCCAUAAAAGUCACCUAACGAGUCACCAACGUAUUCACACUGGAGACAAGCCUUACAGAUGCGAUCAGUGUGGAUCGGCUUUUGCCCGGCCAGAUCAUUUGACGACUCACAAGCGUAUUCACACUGGAGACAAGCCUUACAGAUGCGAUCAGUGUGAGGCGGCUUUUGCCCAGCAAAGUGCUCUAACGAGUCACCAACGUAUUCACACUGGAGACAAGCCUUACAGGUGUGAUCAGUGUGGAGUGGCUUUUGCCCGGCAUGAUCAAUUGACGAGACAUCAACGUAUUCACACUGGAUAAAAAUUGUACAUUUGUGAUUAUUGCUGAUAUCAUUUAUUUUGAGAGUUCAGUUAACAUGCACCAAUUAAGUUAAUUUAGUUUGAAAGAAAUAAUUGUGGUGGUUUGAUUGUGGGAGAGAUUUUGAAUAUUUUU